AUGCUAUCUGAUCACGGCUGUUUUGGUUCAUAUCUGUGUCGGAUUGGGAAGGAAGAGACUGCCGUGUGCCAUCAUUGUGGUAACUGUCGCGAGGAUACGGUUCAGCACACACUUGCAGAAUGUCCAGCCUGGGAUGAAGAACGCAGUGCUCUCUGCUUAGUCGUCGGGGGAGACCUCUCGCUGCCGACUUUGGUUGCCACCAUGGUUGACAGUAGGAGAUCAUGGAAGGCGAUGGUCUCCUUCUGCGAGCGUGUCAUGUCGCAGAAGGAGAGCGCUAAGCGAGAUCGAGAGCGAACGGAUCCCGUCCGCCGCCAAUUAAGCAGAAGGAGGCGCCGAGGUGAUGACAUCUGA